GGAGGUCGCUUUGGAAGCAUCAUGAGGCUCGAGGCAUGCACAAUGGCAUAUGCAUCAAUGGGGGCGCAUGGAUCGUGCCUGCCUUCACUUUGCACUUUGACACUCUGGAAUGACUCAGCAGCAACCAUUACGUCUAUGCAGGGUAGGCAGUCCGCGGCACCCACACAAAUGCGGCCGCUCACUUUGAAGCUUUCCACACAUGACUCUAGGUUGGCGCGCUGACGUGCUCGCACGUCGCAAUGUCAAUAUCGGUUCGAGCUUCGCAGAGCGAGCUGCAGAUCCCUUCGACCGCAGCGGCCGAAGGGGUUCCCUCACCACGUCCAGCCGCCUCGCCCAGACGGCCACUCAGUCCGAACCCGCAGGCCAAGACUGGCAUCGUGAUCUUCUCCGGUGGCAGCGCCGCCAACAACCUCGUCGACGUAUUUGAGCACGUCAGGGAGGCCAACAAGUGCACACUGAGCUAUGUGAUCCCCAUAUCGGACAAUGGCGGCAGCACGAGCGAGAUCAUCCGCGUCUUUGGCGGGCCAGGCAUUGGAGACGUGAGGUCACGCCUGGUGCGGCUGAUCCCCAAGGAUGGAAGACAGGACACCAUCGCCAUCAAGCACUUCUUCAAUCAUCGCCUGCCAAAAGUGGCCGCCGACGCGAGGGCGGAGUGGUUUGAGAUACUCGAGGCCACCCAUCCCUUGUGGGACGACAUCUCAUCGCCCAAGAGAGAGCUCAUACGCUCGUACCUCAACAGUUUCAACCUCGAAGUCGUCAAGCGCAUGCGCCCAAGCAGCCGCUUUGACUUUUCCGGCGCGAGCAUCGGCAACCUCUUCCUGACGGGCGCGAGGCUCUUCACCGGCAGCUUCGAGGCCUCUAUCUACCUGUUGAGCUCGAUAUGCAGCGUGCCAGAUUGCAUAUCGGUGCUUCCCGCGAUCAACACCAACUUUGCUCACCACAUUGCGGCCGGUCUGGUAGAUGGGACCGUGAUCACUGGCCAAAACGACAUUUCCCACCCGAGCGAGCCCACGCGAGCCGUCCCCGGCACAGGCAUCAGCACGGGUGCACAGACACCCUUGCCACCGGCACACGACGAGACGGAGGAGCACGACAAGGUGGAGGACGCAAACCUCCCCGGCUCGCUGCCGGCGCUGAGACGCCCGGCGAUGGCCUUCUCCAAGGACGACGAGGAAGACCUGUCCUCACGGAUCGAUCGCAUAUGGUACAUCAACCCCUACGGUCAGGAGAUCCGUAUCCCCGCCAACCCGCGCGUCCUGGAAGCGCUGCGGGAGUCGAGUACCGUUAUCUACAGCAUCGGCUCCCUCUUCACAUCACUCACGCCCAACCUCGUUCUCAAGGGUGUAGGCGAGGCGAUAGCGAGCCCGCACAUUGGGAACAAGGUCCUCAUACUGAACGGCACCACGGACCGCGAGACAGGACCCUCGAGCGCGCCUUUUACGGGGCUUGACUUUAUCGCGACGAUUGCCAAUGCGUGUGCCGAUUCACGUGGUCUGCCGCGGCCGUCGCGGGAGGAGUACCAUCAAUAUGUCACGCACGUCAUCUACAUCGAGGGACCGACGGCGCCCAAGGUGGACAAGCAACAGUUGAGUCAAUUAUGUAUUGAUGCGACAAGGCUCUAUGGGCCCAGAGAUGAGGCUGGCCGUGGUGGUCGGUACGACGCCAAAGCCCUGCAGCAGGCGUUGGAGUCCAUCGUGGGCAGGAAAGACGCGCGCCCUGAUCGAAGCCGCCGCAACACUCUGGUCGGUUGAUGGAUGCCCUUUGCCUAACGCAUAGAGGAUCUCCUCCCUAGGCCGUGCCGUCCGUGGUUCCCCUUCAAGGCUCUUUCUUCUCCCACCCCCCCUCCUGCACCGCCCUAAUAAGCUAUGUCGCCAGCAUCAUGUACGCCA